AUGGCAGUGUCCCUCAGGGCCCUGCGUGUGCUCAUCAGCAUCGCAUCCGUGUGGACCUCCCUGUUCCUCUUGUACAUCUGGCUGCCUCGCUCCAAACUAUGGACAGAUCUCACCCGGCGGAUCUCUCUCGCCUUCAUCCAUUACAGAAUCAACCAAUACGGCAUGCUCGUCCACCCCACGGGGUACCUGAGCGACACUGUGGAGCCCCAAAUGUUCUAUGGCGUCAAAGUCAACAACCGCACGGCAGAGUUCUUUGAUUCCGUGCCUGCGCUUGCCCGUCUGACGCCUCAGACGUGGGGCAGCUGGAUUGAGGUCCUGAAGACGACCCUUCCUCCCUUGAAGGUCAUGUAUCUCCCACUGCUCAAUGCCGGCCGUCACGGUGCCGACGACACGGGUGUGCAAGGGGCUAUCGCUGAAAUCCGAGAACGAUGCCAGAGGUGGGUGCAUUGCGUCUCUGCCGAGGUGGCUGGCUGGCCGCACAGGCGGACAUGCCAGCCUUCCGGCCGCAGGGCCAGCUUUGGCGCACAAGUCGCUUGUAUUGUGUGUCCCUGUGGCUUCGCUCCUCCAUUGCUGUGCGCUGGCUUGUGUGCGCAGGAGCAAGGAUUGGGUGUUUGGGCAGUUCUGCACUGAGCUGCUGCCCUCUCUCAUCGCAGGGAGCGCCAGCCCGCAUCUCACAGUCGUCAUAAAUGUGCACGAGGCCGAUUUCAUCCUGGUAGGUGCAGACACACACAGGGGCUCAUCGUCAAGGAGCGGCGAUGGCGCAUUGUACCAAUGGUUGUGUUCGUGUGUCGUGCAGGUCGAGCGGUAUCAGAAGAUGCUUCAGCCGGUGAACAGGAGGCGCCGGCGCGAGGACCACCUGCGCUUUGAGCUGGAGGACCUCUAUGAGCAGUGGACCCCAGAGGUGCAGGAGGCUUUCUUGCACAGACCUCAGGAUUUCUUCUUCACGCUUGCCUCAGGUGGAAUGCAGACAACAGACGAAAGAAAGCCAUGGACAUUGUCUGCUGUCCUCUCUGUGCGCGCAGGUGGGGCAUCGGUUGAGACGGCCACAUGGUCCACAACACAGAGCAGACACCUGACUCCGAUGUCGCUGGGGCUGUUUGCCGUGGAGGGCACCAAGCUGCGGCUGCUGGCCAAGAACAACACCAUCAACCACGUUGUCAUUCCUGGGUACAUCAAGCGCGAUGAGCUGAGGUUCAUCAGCAGACAGCGCAGGGCGGUUGAGAGGCGGAGGCACUCUGUCUCAAGGACCAACCAUCGCACCUACCUGAUGGUCUGCUGAAGGGGAGGCCGCAUGACGAAAGACACGCUCAAGCAGAGUGCCCCCUGUUCGUUAGGUCUACUGCGGUUCGUUCAAGCGGUCUGCAGAGCGAAGUUUCAUAAGAAGCUUGAAGCUGGUGUCCACGCAGAGAGAGGCGCAGCAGCAGUGGCAGGGCAGUCAGCCCGACCUGAGGGGCUUCUAUGCUGACAUUCGAAAGAAACACAAAUUCAAAGACAAGGUAGGCCAGGGGAUGCAUAUGUCUCUCUCUGUGACUGAGAGUGUUGCCUCGUUGUGCUGCCGCCAGGAUGCGGGCGAGUGGAUAUUUGUGGCCAAGUCGUGUCGGCGGAAGGCCACGGCGAGAAUGUAUGCCGCCACCAAAUACUGCCUUGCACCAGGUCGGACAAACAGACAGACAGACAGACAGACACGACAAUCUGCAUCGAGACUCGCCCUAUCUGAUGGCUGGCCGUGUUGUGAGCUCUCGCAGCCGGGAAUUAUCCAUGUACCAGCCGAAUAUACAAAGUGAGGAGAAAUGUGCUGCAUGCGCAUUCUGGACUGUUUGAUCUGAUCUCCCAGAGCGUCGCUGCUGGCUGCGUCCCGCUCCUGCUCAACGAUGGCUACAUCCCCCCAUUCAGGCACCUGCUCCCGUGGCAUCACGUCCUGCUGCGAAUCCCAUUGGCCUCACUGAGACAUGGCGCCCUGAACAGGCUCAGAAGACCCCACACACCCGGCCCCCUUGCGAGAUUUGCCUUGCGGCUGCGGCACUUCCUGUGGGGAAGCAGGUGGGCGCGUGCACAGGCCGUAAUGCUGCUGGAGAUGCUGGACCGGGUCAGGGAGGAUGAGCGCGAGAAGCUGCCGACGAGACAGGCAUGGCUGAGGUGUAUGGCGCCUUACAUGGGUGUGAGGAGGUGGGUGGAGUUGCUGGUGCUAGAGAUGAGGAUACUGAAGGCUCAGAGGCAGACAGGACGGCCGGUUGACGAGCUGUUGAGGGAUAAUGCCAGAAGGCUUGACGCGUGAGGGAGGAUGCC